CUCACACCUUCACAGACACACAAUCUUCGGUCACCAAUCCUUCCUUCAUCCGCCACCGCAUUAUCUUCCUUCCGUCGACUAAAUAUCCAUUCCCUCGUUUUUCCGCUCUCUCUCUCUUCACCGCUACUGGCUGGAAGGGAAGUUGCGUUUGAGUUUGUGGGGGAGGCUUGUUUCAGCUCUCUCUCUCUGUGCGUUCCUUGGGCUCUCUCUUCUGUUAUAAUUUUUUUUAAAGCUCGGCACACGGACCGGGGAGGGGUGGAGGGAGACGGACGGCUAAGAGCCCCACCACCACCGCCACCACUCCGACACGCCAAGUUCCAACUCGCGGAGUAGCCGUCUGGCUCUGGCCACUUUUUAACUUCACAUCGUCACCAUCCUCGUCUGUAGCGCCGGGUGAUGCAACAGCGUACAAGGGUGCUGAAGACUUCCCGAGGCUUCUUUCCAAAAUAAGUGAGCACGACGACGAUCCAGAGAAAGAGGGGGGGGGAGCCUUUUCGUGUGCCAGCUGUUGGAAACCGUCACCGGGAGUUGAGGCUCGAAGUUGGAAUGGAUUUGGCAGGGAGGCCCCACAACUGCCUGCGACGCCAGUAUUUUCAGGAUAAUGAGCGGCGAACUGCACCUCCAGUCCAGCCCCAGGGCAUUCUGGAAGACAACUCCACUUUGCAGCAGGGCGACGUUCCAGCAAACACUGAAGACGACGUGGACUUAGAGGCGCUGGUGAACGAGAUGAGUAUCUCGUCCCCGGCGGCAACGUUGGCGGCUGACGGGCCGACUACGUCGCAGCAGCACCGGGGCGAGGGGCGGGCGGCCGCCACGCAGGCGAGGCGCGGCCCUCCGGCGGGGUCGGCGCCCGGCUCCGGCACCUCGUCGCCCGUCCACGUGUCUCCCCGGCAGGGCCUCCGCCGCUCCCUACCCAUGCACAUCAAAGCAUUCAGGCUCCUGCAGCAGGAGGACCGGCAGAGCUCCUCGCUGCCGGCGAUCCCCAACCCCUUCCCGGAGCUCGGCAGUCCGGGGGGUUCCCCGCUCCGUGACGGAGCCUUUCUGCCGGAGGAUCAGAGCAACAAGAAGGCGCUUGGAAACUCAGAGUCCCAUGGAGCUUCGAACACAGAAAAAAUGGUGAUCAAGGUGUUCAGCGAGGACGGCACGAGCAGGGCGCUGGAGGUGCCCACGGACGCGACGGCACGCGAUGUUGCCCAGAUGCUCGUUCAACGACGCCACUUUGUGGACGACAACAACUGGUCGCUCAUCGAGAGCCUGGUCUCCGUCUCCAUAGAGCGGUUGCUCGAGGACCAUGAGGAAGUGAUGCAGGUGCAGGCAUCGUGGGGCAGCGAUGCCGACAGCCGCCUCUACUUCCGCAAAAACUACGCCAAAUACGAGUUCUUCAAGACCCCGCUGCAAUUUUUCCCUGACCAAAUGGUGUCCAACUGCAGCGAGGCCGCCGCCACCUCGUCGUCGUCUUCGUCGUCAAACGGAAGUGUCCCUCACUCGCAGCUUGUCCAGAAUUUCUUCAACUCGAGCAGCUGCCCUGAGAUCCAAGGGUACCUGAGCGUGCGCGAGUCGGGGAAGAGAUCCUGGAAGAAGUCUUUCUUCCUUCUCCGCCGCUCGGGCCUCUACUUCUCUCUGAAGGGAACCUCGAAGGAGCCACGACACUUGCAGUGCUUUGCGGAGAUAACGGAGAGCAACGUGUACACAGUGCUCUCUCCGCGGAAGACUCACAACGCGCCCUCGGACUUCUGCUUCUGUCUCAAGCCCAACAAAGCGUGUGGCGUGAAAGAUCUGAAGCUGCUGUGUGCGGAGGACGAGCAGAGCAAGGCCUGCUGGAUGACCUCCAUGAGGCUCUUCAAGCACGGUAUCCAGUUGUACCAGAAUUACAGGACCCCGCAUCAUCUGAGAUGGAACCACCUGACUCAAUUCACCGCCACGCCCAUGAGGAGCAUUUCGGAAAACUCGCUCGUAGCGAUGGAUUUUUCGGGACGGAAAGGCCGGAUCAUCGAGAACCCCGCGGAGGCACAGACGGUGGCAGCUGAAGAAGCCCUGCUGUGGAAGAAACGCGGUUGCAACCGACUCAACGUCCUGGGAAGCGGCAGUCCCGGACAGACCACCACGCUGAACACAAUGAUCCACUGGACACAGCCAUGGUUCUACGGCCACAUUUCCAGGGAAGAGGCUCAGAAGAUAAUCGCGCAGCAGGGGCUUGUGGACGGGGUGUUCCUGGUGCGCGAUUGCCACAGCCACGCCAAGGCCUUCGUGCUGUCUCUGUGCCACAACCAGAAGGUCCGGCAUUUCCAGAUUCUGCCGGUGGAGGAUGACGGGCAGGGUUUCUACUCGCUGGACGAGGGCCAAACAAAGUUCUCUGACCUGUGCAGCCUGGUGGAGUUCUAUCAGCUGAACCGCGGCGUUUUGCCUUUCCGCCUGCGCCACUGCUGCACGCGCGUUGCCCUGUGAUGACGUCGCGACGGGCGUGCCUCGGACCUCGCCCCGGACGGGGGAAGAGAAGAGAAUCAACUUUCCUCUGCGUUUUCUGGGACCUCAGGGUGGGGGGAGUGGCGGACCGCAGUCAAAGUCCUCUUCUCUCGUGAUCCAAAUUUGGGAGAGCCGUUUAAUUCCAAGAGUGCGUUUUUUGAAGGAUCGUCAAACACCAUAUUUUUUAAAGAAGCGAAAUCUCGAGUGGUGGCUGCUACUUGAUGGACUUGUGAACGUUUGAGACGUGUGGGGCUUUUUUUUUUUCUUGAGCGGCGGAUGGGGAUUUGUGCCUGGAAGGGGGGGGGGUACUGCUGGCCGUUUGGGUAAAUUCGACACGAAUGUGGUUCCACCCCCCCUCCCCCUCCAUCCUUCCCGUUAGGGGUGCCGCACGACGCUAUUGCCUUUGCAAUAAAACAAGCAAAAAGAGGAUGAGGAGGAAAAAAAACUUUCACGUGAGAAUUUCAGAGAAAAAUAGAGGAAACUGACGUUUUUUUCAGCACGAAAAUGCACAGAAUGUAGUGUCCAAAGGAUGGCUUUUACUGUGAGUUUGCAUUGCCACUCGGAUCCCUUGUUACUGUUGUGAUGGUGCACUAAACAAUCAGGUGAGUCUCUUAUUUACAUGUUUUUAACUUUUAUUUGUUUUUAGCGGCACGUUGUGCGGGAAUGACCGCGCGCCCCAGGAACUUUCCUAAUGUGACGCCCAUCAUGGCGACGACGCAAUUGUUUCUGUCCACGGUUUUGAUGUCAAAGUGGAGCAGAUCUCCAACGGGUGGUGGUGGUUUGAGAAUUUGACGCACAUGGGUGGCGGCGGUUGUUAUGAGGAGGAAGACGACGAAGAUUGAAGGCUCUGAAAAUGUGGACAAUUACAAUAAUUUGCUCUGAGCAAUUUGUUUUUAAAGCUCGUACCUUUUUUCAAUUCCAAAAAGGCUUCAAUGGACAUUCAUACUUGUGUGGCUGUUGUGUUUUAAUUCAAGCGGAGUCUGUGGCGUCUAUACCAGUUGGUUUCAUCUGUAGCAGUCGGCUCUCGUCCUCAUUUGAUGCUGUAAGGUUACCAGUCUUGUGUUAUAUUUUGUAAGACUAUGUAUACGCUAAGUAACUUUUUAUUCUGUUUAUAUUUUCCUUCCGGAGAAACCUUUUUAAAUAUUAGAGCCGCUGUUUUUGGACACCACACUGUUGUACAUUUUCUAUUUUUUAAACUAUUUUAUUAACCAGCAGAGUAUUUUAAUGUUAAAUUAGCAUUUAAUUUCAAAGUACAAGAGUUUAUUAAUUAAGUUUCGUUUUGCUUUUAAACACUUGAUGUUGACGCUAGAACGUUCUGUAACUUUACAUUUUUACGUAGCCAGUGUUUUUUCAUCAGUUUCUUUUGGUUAAAGUUUUUAAACUUUUGCUUAGCUCCAUAAUGUAAUGUAAGCAGGUUAUUGGACUUUAUUUAACAUUAUAAGCUUUCCUUCCUAUUAAUACAAAUUGUGUGUUUUUAGACGUGAACACUCGAGUGUAAUUUGGUGAUUGCCCAUGUGACUUGACCAAGUAAUAUGAAUACCAGCCAUAAUUUAAAGAAAGUUAACACUUUUUUUUCACACUUUUCCAUUCGGCGCACACUUGUAUUGUUGUCAACAGCUCCAGAUUGGCCCAUGCUGUUCUGUGCACCUGUGGCCAGUAAACAACACAAGUGCUCGGAAAUUAGGUCUGCAAAGUCUGAAGCGAAAACCUUGCACCCCCCCCACCCAGGUCUUCAUCACUACUACAACCACCCUUGCUGUUGAGUGAAAUUCUUUGUAAUUCUUGCAUUUGUUUUUAGGUAACGUCUGGACUACUAGCUAUGUUGCUCUACACCUCUUACUAGUCCCCCCCCCCCCCCAUCACUCGUGCCACAUGUUUGUAAGAACGCAACACGUGACAUCACUUGCCCACUUCUCUACCCUUCUCGACUUUCGUGCAGCGUUUUUAACCCCAGCUGCCCCCCCCCCCCUUUCAAAUUCUUGGCGGCGUUAAACCAUCUUGCCUCCCUGGUGCAAGGUGAGGUUUCUAACAGAACCCCGCCUCUGCACAGUGGUGGGACACCCUCUUUUUGAGAGGGAGUGGUGGGGCCCAUUCCAUUUGUGUCGAACCCUCCGACUCAUGUAACCCAACGGCGUCCACUGGUGAUGAGCGGCAAGGAAACGCGGCGUGAACCGUGGCCUUUGCUUUUGGGGUUUUAAAAUAAUCUGAAGAGUAAAGAUUUUAAACCGACUGUGACCUACGUGCUUUUUAAGAAUUGUUUUAAAAGCCAGCCAUGAACGUGUGUUUUUUAUGUUUGGCAGUCUUCAGCAUUUUAAAGCACCACUUUCUGUCAAAUCCUCCAGUACCACCUUUUAGAAAUGUAUAAUUUAACAUUGUGUAAUGAACAGUUUUGGCAGGUUUUAGAUGCACCUGGUGUGUCUCUCCCUUCGGGUCCGACUUGAGUAAAACCAUACAUUCUGCACUUCUCUUUGAAUGGUAACAUUGCCUCCCGUUCUAUUCUAAUUACAAAGACUUGGACAACGUUGCCAACAUGAAAUGAUUUGACAUGGAAAAGUGCCUGCAUCAAUUAUUCUCGCAGGCCACGACGAUCAACGGCGACUAGAAUAAUUGUAAGCUGUGGUCUUGGAAAUCUGAUACCUCCCCCAUCCCGGUAGACGUUGCCUAUCUCUGUGAACGUGUUAAUUGCGAGGGUGAAAUGGAAUGUGCACGCCGUCGGCUCUGUCACCGCCUCUUGUUUGGGAUGUUUUCUGGCUCAUUGCUACCCUACAGCUCCGACUUUCUGUCCAAAAAUUCACGAAGGCCUUAAAAGAAACAAGUGCUUUGCUAUGCGCGAUAUUUGUAUUUUCAUUCGCCACGGCAAGAUUGGUCUUUCCAUGGUUAUUACCUUUACCACCCGAGCAGUCGACUUGUUUUAAAAAUAUUUCUCACCGUUACUUUGUCGGCCCACCAUUUUCCUUGCACCGUAGAUUAGUUUUGAAAAGUGCGUUUUUGUAACCCAUUUUCUUCCCCGACCCCCCCCCCCCCCUCAUUGUUCAUUGACGACCUAAUCCCAAGACUUGUGGAGUUUGCAGGUCGUUUUACUCGUGGAAUUCAAGUGUUGCCUGUUAGUGCCAUUUCCUUGACGCACGGUAGCGGCACUCCUUGGCUCGGGUGGAGUGCUGCACAGUCAGUCGCCACGUGAUGUUUGUCUUGCUAAUUGCCGAUCGUUAUAAAAUUGCUUCUGCCGUUAUUGUUAUAUACACUUUAACUCUGGUAUUCGUGUAACGUAAUGAAUACAUAUUGCAACUAACAAUGUUAUAAAUACUUGAAGCCAAUCUUUGGCCUGACAUGUUUUUUUUUACUUUUGAAAAUGUUCAAUUUGAAAGUUUGCAUUUUUAGUGGAAUAGGGUUAAAUAUGAUACUUUUCUGCUGUGUUUUUAAGCUUCGUUUUUUUGCCCAUGCCUUCAGAACGGGACAGGUGGCUCCAGAAAAACAAAAACUGACCUCACCCCAAAUGAAACUAAAUGGCACGGUCCAAAAUGAGUGCUUGUACGCGUUUCACUCCACCGUGGAACCGCGCCAUUUACAUUCAGGGCCUUAUGCAUAUUCCCAUAUCUGUAUCAACCUGUGCUUAGAGCAUUGUUACCUUGAACCAGGUAGGAGGGGCACCAUUUCAAAAGACUGUAGUAAAGCCAUUUUCGUCCGCACGUCCCAGGGAAUUAAGAGGCUCUACAGCAGAAGCCAGGUCCAGUGACAUUAUUAUGAACCCAAGCUGCUAAGAACACCUUGUAUGUUUAUUAUAAAAAGAAGAUUGCGUGCGUGGCUGUGCAACAUGUUUUUUUUUAAAAUCCUUGUUGGAAAGCCUAUUUUGAAAUGUGGAUCUUGCCUCUGUUUGACUUGGUGUUAUGCCCAUAUGUUAAAUGAGAUGUGGUGAAAUGGUGUACAUUUUUAGGCAAAGCAAGUCUUAUUUUAUUAAGUGUGCCCUUCACUUUAUCAAAGGACUAAGCUAACUUGCAAUGUAAAAUUUGUAACGUUUCUUAAUAAACAUGAUUUUAAAAUA